GAUAAGACGUAGGUGAAGAAAGACGUAGGUGAAGGGGAAAGGCUUUUUCAAAGACGAAGCUGAAGGGGAAAGGGUUCUUCAAUCAAUUGAAUCGGUGGAGAUCGAGACGCAUGGCAGUCCAUUGACGCAGUCCACUUCCUUCCUCAACAAAGCAAUCACGCUUUCCAUUGAAUCAAUUUGUAAUCUGCUUCGACUUGGACUUGGCUUCAAUUUCUGAUUGUUCAUCUAUUCUAUUUGCGUAGGCCCUUUUGAGGUUCUUCAAUGCCACACGCUGGUAAGCCGAUCUUUCAAAGGUAUCCACGGCUUGAGAAGGAGUACCAGUCCUUCUCUCUUAUAUAUAACGACAGGUCACUGGAUUUGAUUUGUAAAGAUAAAGAUGAAGCUGAGAAAUGGUUUAUUAGUUUAAAAGCAUUAAUUUCGCGUGGCCAUCAACGGAAGUGGAGAACAGAAUGGAGUGCUGGUAUUCCAUCUGAAGCUAAUAGUCCCCGAACAUACACUCGAAGAAGUUCUCCUUUGAACUCUCCAUUUGGUAGUGGUGAUAGCUUGCAGAAGCCACAUUGUGCACCAAACCUGUUCGACGAAAGUCCUCUCUGAAAAUUCUUUACUAUCUAUCUAGUUUAGGAGCUUUUUAAAGAUGUAUGUUGUAAAAAGAGAUGGGCGUCAAGAGACUCUACAUUUCAAUAAGAUCAUUGCCCGUUUCAAGAAGCUCAAGGGCAUCACCACCAGCCAACUCGAUGAAUUGGCCGCUGAAACUGCUGC